AUCAUUCAGUUAACUUUACAAUGAUGUUCCUCUACAAAGCAUAAGGUAUAAACCUCCCAGCUUCGAAUUAUCCAACUCCUUCGACAGCAACUGUAGAAAAGGUUUUAUGAGGUGACGAUUAAGAAUGGAGUAUUUUUGAUGAAGCAACAGGAUUAAACACGCUGGAUACUUUUGGUGAGCUGGAUGUGUACCGAGUUCAGCAGACAUUCCCUGGUGGUUCGUGUAUAGGAAAUGGCAACUGCUCUUAGUGGCCGAAACCCUGGCGGACGUGGACCAAACAGAAGUAAGGGUCGGAUUUUAGGCAUCAUUGAUGCCAUCCAGGAUGCAGUGGGCCCACCGAAACAAGCAGUUGCUGACCGGCGGACUGUGGAGAAAACCUGGAAGCUUAUGGAUAAAGUUGUCCGCCUUUGCCAAAGUCCCAGACUCCAGCUGAAAAACAGUCCACCAUACAUCCUGGAUAUCCUACCCGAUGCCUACCAGCACCUGCGGCUUAUACUGGUCAAAUAUGAAGAGAACCAGAGACUCACACAGCUCAGUGAGAAUGAGUAUUUUAAAAUCUACAUUGAUAGCCUCAUGAAGAAAUCCAAACGGGCCAUCCGGCUGUUCAAAGAGGGAAAGGAAAGGAUGUAUGAGGAGCAGUCACAGGACAGGAGGAACCUGACCAAGCUCUCCCUGAUCUUCAGCCACAUGCUGGCUGAAAUCAAAGCCAUCUUCCCUGGAGGACAGUUCCAGGGAGACACUUUCAGGAUCACCAAAGCUGAUGCCGCUGACUUCUGGAGGAAAUUUUUUGGAGAAAAGACAAUAGUGCCAUGGAAAGUCUUCCGACAGUGCCUUCACGAAGUGCAUCCCAUCAGCUCAGGUCUGGAGGCCAUGGCCCUCAAAUCCACCAUCGACCUCACCUGCAAUGACUAUAUCUCUGUGUUUGAGUUCGACAUUUUUACACGCCUCUUUCAGCCAUGGGGAUCAAUUCUUAGGAACUGGAACUUCCUGGCAGUGACACACCCUGGCUACAUGGCCUUCCUUACCUAUGAUGAAGUCAAGGCACGACUGCAUAAGUACAUCAAUAAGCCGGGCAGUUACAUCUUUCGACUUAGUUGUACACGACUGGGUCAGUGGGCUAUCGGCUAUGUGACCAGUGAUGGCAACAUCCUGCAGACCAUCCCCAACAACAAACCACUGUUCCAGGCUCUCAUCGAUGGCUACAGAGAGGGCUUCUAUUUGUUCCCUGAUGGCCGCAGUUACAAUCCUGACCUCACUGGUUUAUGUGAGCCAACACCCCAUGAUCACAUCAAAGUGACACAAGAGCAGUAUGAGCUGUACUGUGAGAUGGGCUCCACCUUCCAGCUUUGUAAGAUCUGUGCUGAGAAUGACAAAGACGUUAAGAUCGAACCCUGUGGUCACCUCAUGUGCACUUCCUGUCUUACAGCCUGGCAGGAAUCAGAUGGCCAGGGUUGUCCAUUCUGUCGUUGUGAGAUCAAAGGCACAGAGCCCAUAAUUGUGGAUCCCUUUGACCCACGAAAUGAAGGCACCAAGUGUUUCUUCCUGGCCCAGCAUAGCUGCCCCAUGAUGGAGCUGGAUGAUGAGGAAGAUCGAGAGGACUGUCUGGUCAUGAAUGGACUGGCCAUCAGCAGGAAGCACUGUGUUGAACGUGAGAACUCACCCAUGGUGUCUCCCAGCUCUUCACCUGUCAGCCAACACCGCAAAGUCCAUGGAGGAGACCACAGCCACUGCGUCCAGCACCUCAGCCUUCCCCCAGUUCCGCCACGACUAGACCUCAUCCAGAAGAGUGCCAUUCGCUCCCCAUCUGCCAGUCCCACCGGCUCCCCAAAGUCCUCGCCAGGCAUGUCCAGAAAACAGGACAAGCCUCUCCCAGCCCCACCUCCUCCCCAGAGAGACCCACCUCCACCCCCUCCCCCUGAGCGCCCUCCGCCCAUCCCCCCAGAGCAACACCACUGUUGGCUCCCCAAUUCCUCUUCCUUGUCUUCUUCCAUCUCAUCUUCUACUGGCGCACUGUCAGACUCCCAGACAAACCCUGAAACAUGGGGUUCCAAAGACAGCCACUUUGUGGAUGUCCACAGGACUGGAUCCGAACACCCACUGCAGCUGGGACCCACUGGCCCCUCUCACCUAAACGGAAGACCACUCAGUUGUCCAACUGCGGGAUUUGUGAGCUUGCAUCACAGAAUGGAGGGUCCAGGAAACUCAGAGCCCUUCUCUAACGAUGUGCAAAUCAGUGAUGACUAUGACAUCCUUCCCUCACGGCACUCGCACUCGCCGACCCAGUCUGCACUUGCCAGUAGCCACAAGAGUCCUGUGGUAGAACGACAACGGGGAGCAGUGGAGAGGGUGGAGGACAACUAUCAGGUUCCUUCAUUCAGCCUCUGCCUGAGUCAGGCUCCCAUCAGCGUCUCUGUACCCAGCAGAAACUUGGUGAAUAGCUCUCCAGAACCUUCCGCUGAGGAGAAGAAGCCCCACCCCCCUGAGCUCGGUGGACACUCAGAGUCUGUCAGAGGGUUGUUCUUAGGGGCAGCACAUACUGUCCCCUGCCCCUCCAACACCAACGAGAUACCCUCCGACUAUGACAUUCUGCUGCCCCCCCAAGCAUUAGAAGACGCCUUCAACAGCUGCCCUCCAUCCCAGCCUCCACCUCCUCCUCCUCCUCCUCCGGCGCGGCACAGUUUUGUCGACCUCUUGUCCUCCUCAACGUCCUCAUCCUGCAACUCGUCCACAUCCUCGCCCUCUGUCGUUGUACGGCAACACAGGUCCUCCGCUGGACAGGAGCACUUGCUGUUAACUCCCGACACAAUGUUUGACGUGCUGAACAGUGCUGCUCCUCUGCCUCCAGUCAGACGACACACAGAAAGUGUUAAAGACUCCAGGAGCUGCCUGGAGUAUGACCAUUUACCAGCCAGUCAAGUGUCCAUGGAAUGUUUGCAGGCCCCUGCCAGGCCACCCAAGCCACUGCCCAGGAAGAUCCCACCAGACAGUCAGAUGGGCAAACCCCCCACCUUGUCAGAGUCGGAGAAGGCGGACGCCACGAUCGCCAAAUUGAUGGGGGAGGGGUACUCUUUUGAGGAUGUGACUCGGGCACUGAUGAUCGCCCAGUACAAAGUGGAUGUGGCCAGAAACAUUCUGCGAGAGUUUGCCGUGGCCCCAAGACUGAACCUCUAAUCCCGGAUACAGCGAAAGGGCUUCUUCAGUCUGAUGGGCAUCAGGCUGUUUGAACAGUGAUCAGCAGAAACAAGAAAUACAUAAAGAGAGACUCCCCUUUUGUUGCAGAAUAUAGAUGAUGCACAACAAAGUGGCUGAAACCAAAUAAUGUCAGAACACAGAGAAUCAAAAAAGGGAGAAAAGACCAUCUGUGAAUGAUUUAAACCUGUGAAAACAAGAACAAGGCUUGUUGUUCUUUACAGUGAGCUUUGCCGGUGCUGGCCUCUGGUUUUCAAACGCUCCUGUUUGUCUCUGGGUUUAAUGUGUAUGCCUGUUUUAAUGCCCUGAUGCUUCCACUGCUGCUGCUGCUGCUGCUGCUGCUGUUCCUUUCAUAUCCUGCCACCUGCCAGACUUCACUCAAAAGGGCCUUUCAGAGGACAUUUGAGUUUAUAUGCUCAGCUGGUUGUUUGGGGUAGUUUUUAUUUACCACCAGUAGGGGGAGGCAGACUCCAACAUUACUGUGUGUGUGUCUGUCUCCCUGUCUCUCCCUUCUGUGUAGCCCAUUAGAGAAUACUCCACUGUUUGUUUCAAAUCUAGAUGUUGUCUAGAGUUGUCAGUGGUUAGAUGGAGCCAGGGGAUGCCUUAUUGAUUCAUUUAUUGAUUCAAAGGAGCACUUUAGACUAUAUUAUUUGGACUGUAGAGUCAAGCAGGAAGAGGGUGGGAAGGUUAUUAUCGCUCUUUGUUUUUGUUUUAAACCAGCUCAUUAAUCAGCUGAUACCUUUUUUAAUAACUUCAUCUGUGGACAGUAAGCAUAUGAAUGUAUUUGUUCUGCAUGAGUGAGCUAUACCUUUGCACACUCUGAGCUCCUAUCAGGCCCAGUUUUUUGCUGAAAAGGUUCAUGUUUUUACCUUUUUGUUUUGUUUUGUUUUUUUUUUUCCCCAAAAGCCAGAGACGAUAGUGCUUGUAUUUCAGCUGUAGCAUUUAUGUGACGGGAGUGAACCUGUAGUCACAGCUCAGAGAUGAUGCGCUCUGCAGACGUGUGAUUUGAGGUGAGAGUCAAAUUAUGCAUUUUUACAGAUGUGGAGCUGUGUGAACACAGUAGAGAUGAACAGAAUACUGCACAGUAUUCCUGCUAUGAGACAAGUCAUAUGCAUGUUCACUGUGCAUCACCGGUGAAAAUGAGCCCCACCCCCCCCUUACCUCAGAAUCUAGAAUCAAAUGUAUUUCUCCCUCAUGACUGCAAGAUGUCAUGGAUUUUUUUCAAGUGUAACACAGUAUUUUUUCAUUACCGUGAAGUUCAUUAUAAUCCCAGGAAUUUUAUUGUUUUGGCCAUUCUUACUAUCGGCCAACAUUGGUGUGUCACUGGGUGUUCGGAUCUCAGCAGUUUGGAUUGGAGUGUUGUUUUUACUGAUACAAAUGAUGGACAAACUGUGGAAGUUAGACCCAGGCUGGAACAAAUGAAAAUGUUAAAACUGAUACCUGCAGAAUUUCAAAUCUGGUAAAUGACUUCUUGGGUUCCUUAAAAGUAUUUGCUUUCAUAGCCACAUGAACUUGCUUUCUGCUCUUUGUAAGUGGUUACAGCUAAUUUUAUAAGUCAAGCAAUUUUUUUUUGUAUUUGUCUGGGAAACAAUGGGUUAACAGAGGCAGACAGCUUACAUGCUGAAGUGUAGAUAAAUAGCAUCUCUUUUCUUCCUAAAAGUACGUUAUGAUGUGGAUCUAGUUAUGUCAUCCUAACUAGUGUAUGUCAAGACUGUGGUAAGUUUUACUAUGAGAACAACUGAUGCAGCAAACUGACACCUGUGUGGGGUUUUUUGUCUGUUUUUGAACAACAAGUACAGAGUAAGAGUAAGUAAAAGAGACUCCUCUGUCUGUUGGUCUGCAAAGUCUCUCCAGGGAUGAGUGAAAUAAACACAGAGAGCAGUACGUGACUUUGACCCGUCGAGUCAUUUGUAGUAGUUUUCUUCACAGAGGAGCUUUUAACUGUUGAGCGUUUUAGGUCCCCUGUGAUUGAGGCUUCUGGUCAAAGAUUGGACAGUCUGGCUACAAAAAUGAAAAUGUAAAGGUUCAGUUGGAAUAUCCUGAUAAUACAUGAUGAUCUCAAUACAGCUCACUGACUUUCAUUGAUGAGUGUGAGAAUAAUGAUGAAAGACAACGUUUUAUUGGAGUGAUGUGUUUGUGUGUUGGAAUAAGUCUGGCAGAGGCUUCAUGAUUAAUGAACAUCUCAUAAUUAGAAUGUGAUCUUAUCAGGUUAUAUGAUUUGACAUGUAUAAGCAAAGCCUCACUACCAUAGGGACCAGGUUAACAAAGCUUGCUGUGAGUAUGGCUGUGUGGUCAACAGGAAUAAAAUGAUGUGUGACAAAAGAGACGACAGUCAAUGUGCUCUUUAGCUCAACAAUCUAUAAAGGUAUUAUUUUAGUGACCUGAUCCUCCAACCCAGCUACAGGAUCUUUCUAUCCCAGUGUCGUCCCUUCCUUUUUUCCUUCUUACUUCAAAGGAAACCCCUCUGUAGUUUAAAAUGUACAUAUGUUAAUACUGUGCCCUAUAACGGUCCAUAGAGAUACUGAUGAUGAGCGAUGCUGUAUGCGAGGAGCAGUCAGAGAAUGGAGUUUCUAAUCUGUGGUAUCAGACACAUAUUCCCAAAACAUUACCAUCCCAUGCAGCACACCACUGAAAGUAUGUCAGCCAUGCCAACACACAUAUUAACACAUAUAUUGCCACAUUUAACACUUCGAUUUGCCAAGCAGAUUUAUACGCUCCCCUGACAAUGGGGUAAAAUUCUCAUUCACAUUUUAAUAUCCUAAUUAUCUUUAUUAUUAUUGGCCUAGUCAGUGCUAUAUUGACCCAAGAAAUGUUCUAUGAUCCUCAGAAUGAAAUCUGCGAGAAUGCAGCCCUUUUCUAACUCAAGGACUAGAGCGUAGUAGACAAAUCAGACUGGUCUGAUUCCACUUUUGUUUUCUCAGACUUGAAUGACUCUCAGCCCAUAAUUGUCCAUUCAGUUGGACUUCCCGUGUGAAAGGGGUAAGUGUCCUUAGGUUGCAUUUUCGUAUUAAUGUGCUCUGGUGACAAAAUAAGUGUCGGUAAUAUGUGAAACAUAGAAUAAUGUGCACUUAAUUUAUACAUUAUUAAUAUUUUAAAUUUUUCUUGAUCUGUUAUUUUCAUGGACAAGUAAAUAAAAUAAUUGAUUUGUUCUAUUCUA